GAGCUGUUUCCGGCCACCUCAGCGGGAAGCGGAGACGCAAGCAGCUGGGUUUUAGGCUACUGAGGAGGAGGUGUAACUGUUGAGGCGGCAGAGGCAGGGAAGACGACGCUUACGGCUGCCCGGGCCAAUUUUGGGUCCCAGUAGCCUGUGAAGAUGGUGUUGCUAACGAUGAUCGCCCGAGUGGCGGACGGGCUCCCGCUGGCUGCCUCCAUGCAGGAGGACGAACAGUCUGGCCGGGACCUUCAACAGUACCAGAGUCAGGCUAAGCAGCUCUUCAGAAAGCUGAAUGAACAGUCCCCUACGAGGUGUACUUUGGAAGCAGGAGCCAUGACUUUUCACUACAUUAUUGAACAGGGAGUGUGUUAUUUGGUUUUGUGUGAGGCUGCCUUUCCUAAGAAAUUGGCUUUUGCCUACCUAGAAGAUUUGCACUCAGAAUUUGAUGAACAGCAUGGGAAGAAGGUGCCCACUGUGUCUAGACCUUACUCCUUUAUUGAAUUUGAUACCUUCAUUCAGAAAACCAAGAAGCUGUACAUUGACAGUCGUGCUCGGAGAAACCUAGGCUCCAUCAACACUGAAUUGCAAGAUGUGCAGAGGAUCAUGGUGGCCAAUAUUGAAGAAGUAUUACAACGAGGAGAAGCACUCUCAGCAUUGGAUUCAAAGGCUAACAAUUUGUCCAGUCUGUCGAAGAAAUACCGCCAGGAUGCGAAGUACUUGAACAUGCGUUCCACUUACGCCAAACUUGCAGCAGUAGCUGUAUUUUUCAUCAUGUUAAUAGUGUAUGUGCGAUUCUGGUGGCUGUGAAGUAGUGAAUCCAGUCACUGGUAAGGGAGAACCUAGAAUCCAGCAGGUGUGUGUUUUCAGGAAGCUGAGCUCACAGGGAUGUAUAUUAGAAUCCAAGUGGAACUUCUGCCUCAAAAGACCUUGCAAGAAAAGACAUGUCCUGAAAAUGAAAGGUUACACCUCAUUUAAUGAAGCUUAACCCUAAGUAGAAAGUCUCUUUUGGGGGCAGAGUCUUUCUCUGGGUGCUAAGCCAUGUACGUUAGGGAACAGUAGGUUGUUUCAUGUUGUUUUUUCCCUCCCAGUUCAUUCUUAAAACAGCACUGACUGGGGCAUUCUCAUUCUCUAAUGAAGCCAUCAGUGAGAUUUAGCGUAGCCAGCCUGUGCUAGCAACAUUCUGAACUUCCUUCAAAGAAGGCAGCCCUAAUUUAGGAAGUUUUCUGACUCUAAUCAACAUUCCUUUUGUUGGUGACAUUUGUGACUUUCAGUAAUCAGAGCUGUGGAAGGCCUUUCGAACAAGACUCCACUAUGUGAAGGUUAAUUGCUGUGCUGCACAGAUCUUGUCUAUCGGCCCCUGUGGGAAGUUAACCUUUGUUGUUUUCCUUUUAUGAUAUUUUGCUUAUUGCACAAUUGCUCUAGGGUUAAGUGAAUUAUAUUAAGAAGCCUUGAAAUUAUAAUAUAGUAUUCCUUGAUUAAGAAGCUAAAAUGUUUUCUCUCAUUUACUUCUUAAACAAAAACUUAAAUUAACUUGGGACAUUACUUUAUUUUGCAACAUCUGGUUUUCUAUUAAUAUAAGAGUGAGGAUGGCAUAGCCAGAGGCCUAUGGCUUAGUGAGAAGAAAGGUAUAGCUUAUAACUAUAGCUUCAUUCUGCUCCUUUACUCAACUUCCUCUGCAGCAGUUACCCCUGCUCUUGGUUUUCCUCCUGCCACAAUUUGCUAACAAUUUUUAAAUUCUCUUGUGCCCAGUAAUUUCAUGUCUUAUCAACAUCCUCUCAGGAUAUUUUCAAAUUUCAAAAUAGAAAAUAUUCAGGUAUACCUUAAUUAAGUCUAAACUUUUUGAAGAUCAAAUACUCGAACUGCUAAGUACCUUUAUCUGAGGACGUCUCUGAGAGCACAUCAUUCCUGUUGCAGUUCAUGUACAUACUCUGAGAAUGUUCUAGGGAAAGAUAACUCAUUCACAGUAGCUCUUGUUAACUAAUAAAAGCACCUAUGAUUUUUCCCUUUUUUGCUCAGGGAUGAUGAGAAUUUACUUUUACCUUCUGAGGUGGAAUUUUUUAAAUGGGGAGAAUAGGCCUUUUAAAUAAUUAUCAAAAGGGUCUGCAGUACACCCUACAACUCUUGCACAUACUGCAAAUAUUCCUUUGAAUUAUACAGGAAAAAGAGCCAACUUCUUAUUUCUUACCAUCUUUGGAAAAAAACUUUAACCAACAGGCAAUUUUAUAACCCUAAGAAAUCAUCAAAAUACUGUCUUAAUUGCUGGUAGAGAAAAAAAAAUUCUUAUUUCUUUAUCACAAGGCAAGGAGAAUGCUUAUUUUAUUCCUGAUAAUUCACAAAACCAGAAUUAAUUUUUUUUCUUUCUAUUAUGAACCUUAAUCUGCCAAUUGGAAUUUUAUGCAUGAAAUACGAAGUUAACUUUUAUAGACAAUAAGUGCUUUUAAGUCUGUAGAAGGCUCAUUCCUCAGUAAUGAUAUUGAUUAUAAAAACCUUUUUGAAAGGCUGGAAACUGAGUAGUACCACAGCAUUUGGUGCUUCUAUAGAAGUGGAGAGCAGCUCAUUGUUGAGAGUUGCAUGCUGCAUCCUAAUGAUCAGCAAUGAAAUAAAUACUUCUAGAAUGUUC